CAAACGAAGGGAAACACCACUGCAUUCUUAGAUCAGUCAUGGAUGCAGGUGAAACUAGUGAAACGAAGGAUGCUGAUCAAACAGAGGAGACUGAGGCCUGUGUCCCUGAUCAUGAUGUGAAAGAAAAGGACACGGUGGAGACAAGUCGGAAGCGAUCAUCGCCAGACGAUGAAGAUGAAGACGAGGACGAGGAGCAGAUGCCAGAGAAGAGGGCCAGAUUGGGGGACAAAGAUUCUGCAGAGGCAAUAGAAACUACUAGUGACCCAAAGAAGGAAGAUAUCUCAGAAAAUCCUGACGAAGAUGUGGUUACUCCAUCUGAUAAAGACACAGAUAUUGCUACCAACAAAAAUGAUAAAGCAGCAUCUCCAGAUCAGGAUGUAAAUCCUGGUGAAGAAUCAUCAAAAGACAAAGAUAUUGCCAAAACUGAAAGUCCUCAACCAGUUGAUGUUGACAUGACUGAGCCAAAGAAAACAGAUGAAAAUGAUGAAAAGGAGGAAACAGACAAAAGCAGUGCUAACAAACAAGGUGAUAGUGAGCCUUCAAAGGUGGAGCCUGUCAAGGAAGUUGUGGAAGAUCUAACGGUUAAAGUGAAUAAUUCUGUGAAACAUUCUGAGGCUCAAAGAUUCACAGAUUCUCCAGCCCAGAAUGGGAAUGAUGAUACCUCCACAGUGAAGUCAGAUGAUAGUGAGAAAGAAAAUAUUCGGAUACCAGAGAAUCCUGUAGAUUUGAGUGCACCAAAGAAAAGUGGGUCAGAUGUUAUUACAUUGUCUGAUGAUGAAGAUGAGGAUGCUAAGAUGCCAAAUGGAAUAGUAUUUAAAGAACCAACAGAGGAGGAACUGAGGCACAGGCGCAGGCUUAUAAAAAGACUGCAGGCUGAACUACGCAAUGAAGAAGCUAAACUGGUCUUAUUGAAGAAAUUAAGACAAAGCCAAUUGUCCCACCAGCUUCAAGAUCAUCCACCGGAACGUACAAAGCCUCCCAGCUCUAGCAGACAGAGCAACAGUGGACCACCACCUCUUGUCAGGGGUGGACAGCAGAGUUCUUCCUCCAAGAUGGUGCCACACAAUGGUCAUGGACCACCAAUGAGAGGACAACAAAUCUCUCAGUCCUCUCGCUCCCAGAUGCAUGGACCUCCACCUUUAGUCAUGGCCCCCAGAAUUGGCAACAGUCACAGUCAUCUGAUGACUCACGGCAUGAGGGGAGGUAUGGUACCAGGAGGAACUCCUCCAAGUCUGAUUUCUGGGUUCCGUAGCAUGUCGCAGCAGCAGGCCCAUAGACAGAGGGAGCAGCAGCAACAGCAACAACAGCAACAGCAACAACAGCAGGAAGAGGUGCAGACACCAGCUCAGAGACAGGCAGCAGCCAAACUGGCUCUACGUAAGCAGCUAGAGAAGACAUUGCUGCAGAUACCACCUCCCAAACCACCACCACCAGAGAUGAACUUCAUUCCCAGCCUGUCCUGCCCUGAUUUUGUUUUGUUGCUGGGUUUAGAAGAAGUGGUUAAUUACAUCAUUGAUUCUCAGCUGAUUGCCCGGGGAGAGAAGAACCCUGAUGAGAAGUUUGUGUGUAACCCCUUCUCAUGUGUGCAGUGUAACUCCGACUUCACUCCAGUCUGGAAAAGAGAGAAGCCAGGUUCUAAAAAUGUUAUCUGUGAACACUGUGUUACAUCCAACCAGAAGAAGGCAUUGAAGCAGGAACACACAAAUCGUUUGAAGAGUGCCUUUGUUAAAGCACUGCAACAGGAACAAGAGAUCGAACGGAUGCAGGCUCAGAGUGUGAAUGAGCCCCCGUCACCGAGGUCAAGCACAACCACCACUGCCUCAACUCCUGUGUCUACAACACCACUAGGUCUAGUGUCCAGUUCUGCCAUGGGUCUCUCCACAAACUCGCCAAUGAACCUCACACCCUCCUACAAGCCUAGUCAGGAGCAGUUGCGACAGCACCAGAAUUUCAUCCAGGCUCAUCAAGCCCAGCUAAGAGCAGGACAGCCUCUUGGACUACAACCCUUUGGACACCGCGGACCUUUCCCGUACCAGAUCCCAUUCACCAAACCUUCUGACCUACAACGACAAUACUUGCUGGACCUCAUACCUCGAGGAGGAGCCAUGUCAUGGAAAUCAUGAAGAUGAUACGUUAUUUAUUGAUAGAAGAUGUUCUCAGAACAAACGAAAAUGACAAAUCAGUAACAUCAAUCAUGAAUCAAUGACAAUAACUUCAAAGAAGUUUAUGACUAAAGGCAGAUUGUCUGCAACUUGUAGAAAAAUUCCAUUCAGAUAUAAUUCUGUUGUGACGUAGCACUAAUAAUCAUGGACGUGUGUGUGUGUUGAAAUUACUUGCUGCUUAAAACAGACAUCAUCAUUUGUAGUUACUCUCAAGGUAUAUAUAUAUAUCACUGACAGGGUACCACAGGAUUACUUGAGACUCGGCUGAUGGAUAUCAGGUACCCUGCAUCGUCACUCACUGUCCUUUGUCAAAUCAUGCUUUCAUAGUGAAUUCACCGUAAUAACUGUAGUGGACUUGGCCAAGCUCUGGGACAGUAACCGUCUGUAAUUCAUCACAUAAUUCUGGUGUUGUUCAGCUCACCUUGUGUCAUGGGACUGGAAGCAGGAACCCGUCUACUCAUAUUGUACAAGCCUGUAUAUGACAUUAUCAAAGUGAAUAUGUUAUUUAUGCUGUGUUUGUGGCCACUGUUCCUGCCGGCAUUUGGUGAUAUGUUUAAUAAGCAAUGUUGGACUCCCAACUUCUUGGGGCUACAGAUCCUGAUUUCUUAUGUUUUUGGAGCUGGGGCGAUUCACUUGAAUAAUGGAAGUUUGUGAUAUAUACAAGAUGACUUGAUUGUAUCGGAAGGAUUUAAUUAUGCAAAUUCACCCUGGUUAUGAAAUCGAUUGAUGGCAAUAGAUUCACUGAUGAUAGAUUCAUCCAAAAAGACACGUUUGUUUUCUUUUUUCAUCUUACAUAUUUAGUAACUUGUGUAAGUUUGGAUAGUUUGUUUGUCAUCUUGUUUGGAAGUUUUAACCGGUGAUAUGUGUGAGCUGAUUCUGGUACUUCAAGGCAUCACAUGUUAUCUAUCGUGUGUACACUGCUUACUUUGUUAUAAGAAACAAGUAUGUUCAUUUAAGGUGAUGUUUGGUUUAUGGCAUCUUCUGUUGACAAUGCCAUCUGAUCAGGAACCUUGUUAUCGACUUGUAUUUAGUUGAUGACAUUGGCGCCUUUUCAGACACCAGCUUGAUUUCAAACAUACCAACUUAGCUGAAGCUAAUAUGUUUGUGGGUGAUAAUGCAAGGAUCCUGCCAGGGUUGACCUGGAGCCCCUGUGUUGUAGCUAUCUAAACCCUGGAUAUAUGGAAGAGAACCUCCAAUCUAGGUUCAGGCAGUGUAUAGCCUUCAUGACAGCAUCUUUAGCUUGAAUGUAUCAUUAUGCCAUAGAUUUGGGUGUCAUAAUCAUAAGUGCUUGCUCCUAAAUCAAAUAUUAUUUUCGGUCAUUUAUUAGAAAACACAAUCUUCAACUAUAUACCGACAUGUUUGUGAGUGUGCUAUAGAACUGUAUUCAAGAGCACUGCUGUAUCCAAACCUCUUUAUAACAGUUUUGUGCAACUGGAACAGUUUGACUUCCAGUGGUGUAAUGGUAUUUUUAUCAUAAAAGAAUCACUGUCCAAUCCUUUCUUAAGGUUAUUCAGCAGUUGCUGCAGCUGAGAAACCAGCCCACCGACAUUGUCCAUGAUAUAUGAACUUUGAAGUCACAGCAAAUUGUUACCUUAAUGUUUUGGUAGUUAAACAGUUUCAGCAGAGGACAGUUCCCUUUCCUACCAGUGCUAAACCUACAGUAACCUAAAACUGUUUCUCUGACCUGCAGGAGAAGCUAGUUUGCGAUUUACAGUGAUUGUCUGGGGCCAUGUCUGCCAGUCUGUUUUUCGAUCAAAACAGUAGGACUUCAUGUAUAUGCAGCUUGAUGUUUACGUGGCAUUAUGUCAUACAGUGAAUCCUUAGCACUACAAGACAUUUUCAGGUUUAUCAUGAUUUACCUAAUUGGUUUAUCAAUCAUCUGAUGAUUCAUAACAGUUUCAAUAUUUAUUGCGAAAACACAGAAACUACAUGUAUCUCACAUUCAUAUAUUGAAAAUAAUACUCAUCCAGUGCUUUGAAAUAUUUUCCUAACUGCUUCAAGGUCUAGGGCACACACCAUAUGCUGAGUCAUCACUCAAGCAGUAAUUUGUUGUAAAUAGAUUGUGAGAGUAAAAACUAAUCCUAGAUUUACUCCCAAACUGUCAAUUUCCAUCCCUUCUUUAGGCAGAUCUACAACUUGCGUCUACAUGGUUAAACAUUAUCACUGAGCUGAGGCUAUGUAUAUCAUCUGCUUAAGCUCUGACCUUGACUGCAAUCAAAUUCAAAUCUAUCAUCCUGUUGAAGCUUAACUUUGAUAAAUCAGUUGGUUAACCAGUGUCAUGAUCUUUAUUGUUACACGGCAAGACUCUCAUAGUGAAUGGGUGAAUCGUACCAGCUCUGUUGAUUUUGUUGUGAUGAGUCUUCCUGCCCCAGCAGUGCAGGGUUGUCAGUUGAUGAAGAUGUGUGUAUACGUCGGCCACUGCGCCGUCACAGCAGGGUGGUUGGUGCAGAAUAUCAGUAUGCACUUGCAGUUCUGCACAAUGUUCGUAGCUAAGAUGGUGAAUAAACCUAUUUCUUGCA